AUGGGCCGUCUUCCGAAACAGAGGUGUGCAAUAAAGAAGUCUGUAAAUAUCCACGGUCAACUUGCUGCAGUGGCUACACACCGUCAUCGUUUGCUGGGCGAUUUUACUGCAUGAAACCGACAUGA